CAUGGCUCUGGGGCUCUUCCGGGUGUGUCUGGUGGUGGUGACGGCCAUCAUCAACCACCCGCUGCUGUUCCCGCGGGAGAACGCCACGGUCCCCGAGAGCGAGGAGGAGAUCAUCCGCAAGAUGCAGGCGCACCAGGAGAAGCUGCAGCUGGAGCAGCUCCGCCUGGAGGAGGAGGUGGCCCGGCUGGCGGCCGAGAGGGAGGCCCUGGAGCGGGUGGCCGACGAAGGCCAGCAGCAGAACGAGACCCGCACGGCCUGGGACCUGUGGAGCACCCUCUGCAUGAUCCUCUUCCUGGUGAUCGAAGUGUGGCGGCAGGACCACCAGGACGGGCCUUCGGCGGACUGCCUGGGAGGGGACGAGGACGAGCUGCCCGGCCUGGAGGGCGCCCCGCUCCGGGGCCUCACCCUGCCCAACAAGGCGACGCUCGAGCACUUCUAUGAGCGCUGCAUCCGCGGCGCCACGGCCGACGCGGCCCGCACCCGGGAGCUCGUGGAAGGCUUCGUGGAUGACUUGCUGGAGGCCCUGAGGAGCCUGUGCAGCCGGGACGCGGACGUGGAGGUGGAGGACUUCAUUGGCGUGGACAGCAUGUAUGAGAACUGGCAGGUGGACAGGCCGCUGCUGUGCGACCUCUUCGUGCCCUUCGUGCCGCCCGAGCCCUACCACUUCCGCCCAGAGCUCUGCUGCUCCCGCCGCUCCGUGCCCUUGGACCGCCAGGGCUACGGCCAGGUCAGGGUGGUCCGGGCCGAGGAGGACGCGCUGGGCUGCGUGUGCGGCAAGAGCCCGCUGGGGGAGGACAUGCUGUGUCUCCUCCACGGCAGCCACAGCGCGGGGCGGCCCGGCCGUGGGCUGGAGGCCCUGCUGUGCGCCGGAGACCCCCCGUACCUGGACACGGCGCGGGUCAUGAAGUGGUUCCAGACGGCCCUCACCAGAGCCUGGCACCGCAUUGCCCACAAAUACGAGUUCGACCUGGCCUUCGGUCAGCUGGACUCCCCGGGCUCCCUCAAGAUCAAGUUCCGCUCGGGGAAGUUCAUGCCCUUCAACCUGAUUCCCGUGAUCCAGUGUGACGACUCGGACCUGUACUUUGUGUCCCACCUGCCCAGAGAGCCCUGCGGGGAAACCCCGGCCUCCAGCACCGACUGGCUCCUGUCCUUUGCCGUCUAUGAGCGACACUUCCUCCGGAUGACCUCGAAGGCGCUGCCCGAGGGGGCCUGUCACCUCAGCUGCUUGCAGAUCGCCUCCUUCCUACUGUGCAAGCAGAGCCGCCUGACCGGCCCCAGCGGCCUGGGCAACUACCACGUGAAGACCGCCCUGCUGCACCUGCUGCUGUCCCGGCGGCCGGCCGACUGGCAGGCGGGGCAGCUGGACGCCCGGCUGCGCGAGUUGCUCCGCUUCCUGGAGAAGAGCCUGCUAGAGAAGAAACUCCCUCACUUCUUCAUCGGCAACCGCAGGGUGCCCGAGGGCAUGGGACUCCCUGAGGCCGUGCGCAGGGCCGAGCCUCUCAACCUCUUCCGGCCCUUCGUCCUGCGGCGAAGUCUCUACCGGAAGACAGUGGACUCCUUCUACGAGAUGCUCAAGAACGCCCCGGUGCUCAUUCGCGAGUAUUCCCUGCAUAUCCCCUCAGACCAGGCCAGCCCGCCCCACAAAGCUGUUGUCUUGUAGAGCGUCCAGGACCCAGGGGGCCAGGACGCGGGGCACCCCACACGUCCACGCCUCUGGGGGCAUCUGCAGGCCCCUGCCCGGGAGAGCGGCGGGCGCUGUGCGGCAUCCGGGCUCAGCCCACCAGGGAAGCCUGACCCUAUGGCCCGCGGAGGAAAC